AUUUCCAUCUUAACAUUCUGUGUGAAUGGUGGUUUCUCAUCAGAUGGUUGAAAGACAUGCACUGCAAAUGUAGAAGGUUAACAUGGGACAAACCAUCAUUAUGAUGUCAUAAGCAAUAACAACACAACAGAAGACAGCCAUUGUGAUGGAGACAAUUAGAAUUGUUGUUUUUAUUUGUUUGAUUAAUUAUGGAGAUUGUCAAAAUGACACUCAAGUUCAAGGCAGAAGUUCAGCUUUUGGCUUUGCACAAUGGACAGCAUGGGCUGCAUGCACAGCUGGCGAAAGUUGCAGCUGGAAGAGACAGCACUCGUGUUCAAUCCACAACAAUCCUAGUGGUGCGUGCGGCACGAUAGCUUGGAAGGAAGAAACCAUGGAGUGUGAUAGAUGUAUAGGGGCAGGGAACAAUGUUUGGAUACCGCAAGGGCAGUGGAGUGGCUGCUUCGGCACCGGCUGUAGCGACACCAUUCAAACUCAAAUGUUUAAGUGUUGGAACCAUGACACACAACCGACGUGUAAAAGGAAGUUGACGCGGUUCUGCCCCUCAAACCUGGUAUGUGACGGUACAUGGUCCAGUUGGUCAGGAACCCAAUGCUCAGUGCGGUGUGGUGGGGGGUUAGAGACUAAUACACGACAAUGCUACAAGAAUGGCCGUGAAAGUUAUAAUUGCGACUCCACGACAACGCUCCAGAUAGCUUUAUUUGAAUCCAGAAUUAUAAUUUGUAACGUGUUUGAUUGUAAUGCAGUUCGAUACACUGAAUGGGGCGAAUGCGUUUGUACAAAUGGAAUAUCAAGAAGAACAAGAGAAUGUCUCGCUAAUUGUAACGGCGUCAACCAAGAGUCACAAACAUGCAACAACCCCACUUGUACAACAACAACAACAACAACAGUGAUACCUACAACAGUAACAACUCCUAUAGUGACUACAACAACAACAAGAACAAGAACAACUACUACAACACAAACAACAACAAGCACAAUUCCCACAACCACCACCGCGGAAAAUUAUGGUAGAAUUAACAAAGAAAUCCCAGAAAUUGAAACAACUGCCACGACAUUAGAGUACGAACAUGACGCACAAGAACCAACGCUAAAAUCUUGGGUGAACAGAAUCAUAAUAAUAGCAGUGUCAGCUCUAGUGGUUGGCUUCCUUGCUUCAAUUGCUAUAUUUAUCCUUUGCUGUAGGAAAAAGUUUAGGAGGAAGCAAGUCGUUUAUAUAGCCGGGGAUCAAACUGAUGAAGUAGCACAGUAUAAUACAUUAGACAUACAGUCAACUUUGCCACCAGUUCAAUUAUAUGAAUCCAUGACUUCUAUACAUAGGCCAUCCUUACCUAACAGACCGUUACCACGCACACCAACAAGUAUUUCAUCCUCUAUCAUAAUAACACCAAGUGCAAGUUCGACUAUAAGACCACCUAAACCACCCAGAAGGAACCGACCAAACUCCAGACCAGACAUGAAUAUGUUUUUUGACACAUUAGCCCCACCAAGUAACCCCCCAGACACCCCACAAAUGGCAGUUUCCGCACCAGUGUCACCUACUUUAAGAAUAAACAAUGCAGAUGUUCAAUAUUCAUCAUUAAAGAAAAUAUCCGGAACGCCAGACCCUUAUCUUGCUCCAAUAAACUGAUAAAAACCAAGACCAACCAAUUCAAAAGCAAAUGUCAUAUUUUUUAAACUUUGAUAAAAAUCUGUGGCGUCAUUGUUAAAAUUAAAGUAGUGCAUGAUGUUUUAGGCUUAAACACUGGGCUCUAAAAUAUAACCCCUGUUUUAAAGUCACCCCAGGCCCCUUAACACCUACGUCCAACUAUUCAAUUAAGUUCUUAGUAUAUUUAAUGAAGUCAUGUUUAAUUGCAACAUUUUAUUGAAUUUACAUUUAUGUCAACAAUGUUUUUAUUAAAUUGUCGUACUUUUUCUACUA